GCUCGCUAAUGCAAGCACUGUCAAAAGGUGCCAUAUCACCAACUUUUUAUUUCUUUUUUCUUCAUAUUCAUAAGAGAAGAGUGAAACAAAAAUAAGUUAGUAUAAUUAAUCUACCAAGAAAUGGGGAGUGACGCUUACGAAGAUCCAAUUUCUACUCAACCUUCCAUAGGGUUUCCUUUAGGAUUAGCUCUUCUUUUAAUCUUCUUAUGCUUCAUGAGUGGCUUGUUCUUUAGCUGCCUCCAUUGGAACCGGAUCCGAUCAGUUCUCGGAACUUCAACUCCUUUCGGUCAAGACGAUGAUCAAGAUGAUAUCGAGCAUGCGUCCCGUAAAUCUUCGCCGAUUUAUCAGGAUUUAAAGAAAAAUCAAGGGAAGAGCUCGUUGACAGUAUUGAUGCCAGGAGAUGAAAUGCCAAAGUUUAUCGCAGUAUCUUGUCCACGUCAGCCUCCUAUGGUUAAGAAUAUCUUAGUGCAAGUGUAGAAGCUACUACUUAAUUAACUUUUUUUUUUCACUGUUUCAUAUUUCAGUGGUUAAUUAUUUAUUGUAUAUGAUGCAGAUUGAUCAAUCAUAUAGCAUAUAUUUUUGUUGA